UUGGGGAGCGGCCUCAACCCAAACGUCUCACAAGGGAAGCAAUGCGGAAUUAUUUAAAAGAGCGAGGCGAUCAGACCGUACUUAUCCUUCAUGCUAAAGUUGCACAGAAAUCCUAUGGCAAUGAAAAAAGGUUUUUCUGCCCUCCUCCAUGUGUGUAUCUCAUGGGUAGCGGAUGGAAGAAAAAGAAAGAACAGAUGGAAAGGGAUGGCUGUUCAGAACAGGAGUCUCAGCCCUGUGCCUUCAUUGGCAUUGGGAACAGUGAGCAAGAAAUGCAGCAGCUGAACCUGGAAGGAAAGAACUAUUGCACUGCCAAAACCUUGUACAUAUCUGACUCAGACAAGAGAAAGCACUUCAUGUUAUCAGUGAAAAUGUUCUAUGGGAAUAGCGAUGACAUUGGCGUGUUCCUAAGCAAACGGAUCAAGGUCAUCUCCAAGCCAUCUAAAAAGAAGCAGUCACUGAAAAAUGCAGACUUAUGUAUUGCAUCAGGGACAAAAGUGGCACUAUUUAACCGGCUGCGUUCUCAGACUGUCAGUACGAGAUAUUUGCACGUAGAAGGUGGUAACUUUCAUGCCAGUUCGCAACAGUGGGGCGCAUUUUUCAUUCACCUAUUGGACGAUGAAGAAUCAGAAGGAGAGGAGUUCACUGUGCGAGAUGGUUACAUUCAUUAUGGACAGACAGUUAAACUUGUUUGUUCGGUUACUGGCAUGGCACUCCCAAGGCUGAUCAUCAGGAAGGUGGAUAAACAGACAGCAUUGUUAGAUGCAGAUGAUCCAGUUUCCCAGCUCCAUAAAUGUGCGUUCUACCUGAAGGAUACAGAGAGAAUGUACUUGUGCCUUUCUCAGGAACGAAUAAUCCAGUUUCAAGCCACUCCAUGCCCCAAAGAACCAAACAAAGAGAUGAUCAAUGAUGGUGCAUCAUGGACAAUCAUUAGCACGGAUAAAGCAGAAUACACUUUCUAUGAAGGCAUGGGACCAGUCCAUGCCCCUGUGACUCCUGUACCGGUUGUAGAGAGCCUGCAGCUGAAUGGCGGAGGAGAUGUAGCAAUGUUGGAACUUACAGGACAGAACUUCACUCCAAAUUUGCGUGUUUGGUUUGGGGAUGUGGAGGCGGAAACCAUGUACAGGUGUGCAGAAAGCAUGCUAUGCGUCGUCCCUGACAUUUCCGCUUUCCGAGAGGGCUGGAGAUGGGUACGCCAGCCGGUGCAAGUGCCAGUUACAUUGGUCAGGAAUGAUGGCAUCAUCUAUUCCACCAGCCUUACCUUCACCUACACCCCGGAGCCUGGACCUCGGCCCCAUUGUAGCGCAGCAGGUGCCAUUCUGCGAGCCAACUCUAGCCUCCUGGCAUCAAGCGAUUCCAGCACGAACAGCGAGGGAAGUUACACAAAUGUCAGCACAAAUUCCAGCAAUGUCACAUCAUCCACCGCAGCAGUAGUGUCCUAACCACAGACUUUUGUACCUGGACUUCAGCUGACUUUUAGUUUUUACAUGGAAGGACAUGUAUAAUGAACUUUUUUCUUUUUGGCUGUUUACUUUUUAGGUUUUUGUUUUGUGCUUUUAUGGGAAAAAAAUCUUUCUCCAUAAUUGUUCGUAUCACCUGAACCUUUUUGAACUGCAAGUGCCGAGCAAAAUUUUAAGCCACAAUAAUGAAAUGGAAUAAAAACAUAUAAUGUUAGUCUAACAACACCACUGUAUAUCUAUUUUUAGCCAUAUUUUUUAAGAAAAAAAAAAAUGGACAGAAAUAGAAAAUGUGGUUUGGGGGUAAAAACCUUCAUUAAACUAGACUGCAUGAGCAUAACAUAGUUUUUAUGGACCAACAGCCUUGUAUAAGCUUUAGUGAAAGGUACAUUUUCACCAUACCUUUUUUUAUAUCACAACAUAUAGUACACUUUUGUUACCAAAUAUUUU